AACCGACCCUUUUAAGAUUUUUGAUUUGACAAGCUCGUGGUUGAGUAUCCCUUGCACAUCUUCAUCAUCACCCCUUUUUCGACAUGUGUGAAUAUUGGCAAAUCAUACACCUAUAAGUCAUCUUGCAACAUUCAAUCUUACUUGCAAGCGUGCGCACACCUCCACAAAAAGGUAGAAAGUGGUCAUGACAACACUUUCUCCGGGGCUGAUGCCCGUUGCAUCGCCCGAACCGAUCCCAACAGAUGCUCAUGGCCAGCAUGACAGUACACAAAGUCCCAAUACGAAAAACAACAGCAAAAGAGUAAGCAUCGAAAAUGUAACAAUGGUCAAAGCCCCACAAUCAGAAAAUCUCAAUGAUACAGUUUCGGACAUUGAAGAUUUGGAACCUUUGCCGCCAUCCGGCAUUGCCAUACCAAUUGGCCCCUCUAGCACACGUGGACAAUUACUGGAGCCGAAAGGAUCAUCUUCGUUAGAAGGCACAAGCUUAGGCUCUUUGCCAUCCCUGCAUCUUGAAUCUCCCAUGAAUCAAUCAUCAUCUUCACCACCGCAUACAUACUUUGACAACAGUAACGGAAGAAGACCGUCAAAGAGUAGCUCACACAAACGGACAAGUUUGACAAACACAACCGCAGAUUCAUCUAUGCCUCUAUUUCAAUCUUCCUAUGGACCUUAUUCGGCUCGAUACGUUACAGUUUCUUCCAUCUUGAGUAGAUCAGGAGCUGCAAUUCCUCUUUCUCCGCCGGAAGAGGAUCUUUCGCAUUAUCGUUCAAGACGUCAAAGUGAUUCUUCCGAAUCUCAGUAUUCCAGAAAAAUGCCAAAUAGGAGAAAGUCUUCUAGAGGGGCAAAUACUCCAUUUAGAGCAGGACCUCGAUCGAGUACAGGAAGUGCAAAGAGUUCCACAGCAGGUGCUUAUGAGGGAAAGAGGGCCAGUAAUGGUAGUGCACUUGAAGCUCUCGGAGCACUGUUCCUACAGCGGGAUUCGAUCGGAAAGGUAUCCAAUUUGAGUUUUAUGAAGUAUAGUGAUGCACUGUCUUCGACAAAACAGGGUGAAAAGAAGAGUCUUUCGAAUAGGAUCACAUUUGGUCUUUCAUCAGUCUCACGUGCUUGGAUGGAAAGAAUGUCAGGGUCAUCAAAGAUAGGGAUACGAAUGCCGCACGAAAGGGAUGCCGGUCAAACAAUUGCACAGAGGAGAGCACGAAAAAGUAUGGCGACAGAUUUGACAAACGGUGCAAGAAUAGAGGGUACGAGGGGCGAUCAACCAUCUUUUGAAGUGUUAAUCUCAAGUCCUGCCUAUCCAGUAGACCUCAUUGAUGAGCUCGACAAAGGCUUUGUUGCAAAAUCACCUCCGCCAGCUCCCCGCCUUCUAGGUAUGAAAGGCGAUGAAUUGACACCUCCGCCGAUUGGAGAAGAAGAGGAAGAAGAUUCUUUUGAUCAAGCUCGAACAUUUUUGCGGAACGACGGACCUAUGACCGAGCCAAUCAAAGGGGUGUAUGGACCUGGUUCUGCGUUUAGCUGGACUGAGCCUCCAGAAUUACCACCUUCGCCAAUUGGUAUGCCAGGUGCAUGGGCGAUGGGAAGUUAUGGCUGGAACAAGGAGGAGGGUGCUCUACUUCUACCACCACCUUUGCUAGACGAUCAAGGCAGCGAUGCAAAGAGCUUUGAAGGAUUACUCGGCGUUCGAAGGAUGCGCGAACAGGAAAGGGCUAGAAAGCAAUUUGAAAAGCUCAAAGCGAGAAAUAGACCUGCCCAUAAGGUUGGUAUGUUGACAGCAUUUAGCAAUUUUGUCAAAGCUGCACAUGCUGCUGAUAAAGCUACUCGAUCUGCCGGUAAUGCUCGAGCUCGAGCUCCAAUACUGCAAAGACGUCAUACAGAACCAGCCGAGGCACAACCUGUGGAUGAAGAAGAUGUCAUCCGCAGCCCCGUCCGAGCUACGACCUCAAACAAACCUCAGUCUACUCUUGACGCCUUUGGACGAGGGACCUCGAUGGGUCGGACUGCUUCUCAAUCCCGCAGCUCUCUAGACUCUUCUGGACGCCAGCUCAACACUGUCUUUGAAGCACGAUCGCCUGAUGUGGUUGAAGAUGAGGACGAUAUUGAAUCAAGCGACGAUGAGGAUGAUAUUGCAUACAAUGAAGGACUCGAUUCUACACCAAGCUUGCGUAGAAGAGCAACGACGACGUAUUUGGACCGCAAUCAACAAGUUCCUAUUCGUAUGUCAGAAAGUGAAGAUGAUCAGGCAGUAAGAGCACACAGUAUUGACGAGGGGACUUUGUCCAACUAUUUGGACGCAGAACAUCGAGGUAUGAAUGGCAUCCCAAACGGGUCAGCGGGACCUGCAACGCCCAGAAUCGGUCCAACAAUGUUAAGCUUACCGCCUUCACCUUGGACCCCGUACGGUGGAGCAACACGUAGUGGACAUCAAACUCCUUUCCAUGUCCAUCUCGGUAUGACACCCGUUCUUGGUCCACCAGGAACACCAAGACUUAUUCCGGCCAUGUUGGAAGUUGCUCCCUCGCCUUUCCCAACGUUGAGUGGUAUGACACCAUUUUUGCGUUCUCCUGUCCGUGGGCCAAGUAAUGGUGGGUAUAUAAACUCUCGAUCAAUCGGAUCAGCGGUUUCCAAAGCAAGUGCACCAAGUACAACAGCACCUUCUCCUCUAGCCUUAUCGCCUAAUGAGUCUCCCGUUCUAGCGCCUUUUUCCAGCUUCCGCAAAAGAUUGACAACUGAGAAUAUGAAAGAACAUGACGGUGAGCUUACACCAUCAGCAACAAAGACCUCAGAAGAUAAAGCGAGUGUAAAGAAGUCUGUUCGAGUUGAAGAAGAAGAAGAACAUUCACACGGCCGCCUCAAAACCGAACAAAAUAGCAAGAGAUCCUUCUUGCUUUGGUUUUUGUUUGGUGAUCUGGGAUUGGGAUCACGAUCUUCUAUUGCGGCAAAAGCAGCUGGCUCACCUGCGCCUUUUGUAGGCAAGAGGUACUCUCAGCCUUAUGUUGUGGUUUUAUCAAUCGCAGCACAUCUGUACGGGUUCUCUGUGUUUCUUCUGGCACAUUUGGUCGAUCUUGGCUAUCGUACAGCCGAAUUCCUUUCGAUGACGUUCUGGUUCUUACGAUGGAUGGCACUCAAUUUGACUGGCCAGACCGUUUUAGCCAGAUGUGCAAUUGAUGCCUAUGCAUUGGUAUCCCGUGAAUGGGAAAGUGUUGCAAGAGAAGAUCAUGAGAGAAAGGGUAAAAAGGGCAAAAGCAAAGAAGGCAUAGAGGAUGACAAGGCAAUCGUCAAGUAUCGCGGAUUGACAAAAUGGCAAGUACUGAAAGGUUUGAUAGAAUUGGUCUGUUUACAAGAUGUGACUAGAGAAAGAUAUCUAGAGGAAGGUGCAGGAUUAGAAGAAUUGAAAGGUUGGAAAAAGAAGCACAUCAAGAGUCAUUCGUGUGAUGAUGCCCUCCUCCCUGCCACACCUUCACGCAUCGAUUUGGGUAUUCGAAGGGCAGCUGAUCGAAAAGCAAAGGACGAUAAAGAAGCUCGACAAGCUUUUGAGGAGGAGAUCCGCGCUGCAAAGAGUCAGGAAAGCGACGACGAUGAAGACAGCGAUUCAGAGAGCAGUGAUGACGAUAUGGUGGUCACCAAUCGAGGAGCAGAGAUUCUAGAAUUCACAAAAACGCCCAAAGUGGAGAGACAUACUUACUUUCCAUCUUCAGAAGAUGGAAUGGAUGAUCUCCCACCAAGACGUCCAAGCAGAUAUUCAAAGAGGUCACUCUCCGGUACAUCGCGUGGCUCAGCGAAUGCUGUUCAUGUAGAGCCCACGAAUCGUCCUUUAGUCAGGAUGAUCAAAUGGGCUUCUCGGUUGGCUAUUUCAGCCUAUGGAUUACACGUCACAUUGGUUGACUUGCCUGCAACAUUCACGCCAUCUGGCAAUCGAUUCUCACGUCAAACGUUUGCUCAUCUGAGUAGACUUCAUCAUGAAGAUGUUUUGCAUGCUGACAUUCAAACAUUGGAUUCAGAUGAUUAUUCGCCAACUUUUUAUCUUGUUCGGGAUUUGACAAGAAAGGUCGUCGUGGUUUCGGUACGCGGGACGCAAAGCUUGCAAGAUAUUAUUGUGGAUCUUGAAAUGGUGGUUGAUCAAUUUGAGCUAGGUGAUGAGAACGUGGGCAAAGAUGACCAAGGAGAACCAUUGUAUUGUCAUGCAGGCAUUCUGAGAGCAGCACGAGCACUUCUAUCCCACAACUCUACGCUCUACAAGACACUUGAUCAAGCUUUGCGAGAACAUCCAGACUUUGGCAUCGUUUUCACUGGUCAUUCUCUGGGUGGUGCGAUUGCUAGUACAGUCGUUUUGCUCUUGAGUCGAUAUGAAGAAAAGAGGAGUGGAAGCGGAUCGGAAAUAUUUGAUGGAAUUCCGGAUUGGAGUGGUAACGAAGAUGAUCAGGAGGGUAAUGUGCACGGGCAUGGAAGAUGGGUGACUCACGAUCGCAGUGGCUUGCCUGCCGGAAGACCGAUCAGAGCCAUUACUUUUGCACAUCCUGCAACCGUGAAUGCAACGUUAGCCGAAAGGGCCUCUCGUGGCAGAACACCAUUGGUACUUUCUGUUGUUUUGGGACAUGAUAUCAUCCCACGAUGUGGUCAUGGACAAGCACGUGAACUUCGUCGUGUUUUGGGUGCUCUGAGUAGAGUCAGAAGACGAAAAGAGCACGGAAACGAAAGCAGACGUGGAAGUGUAGCAAGCUUGGAUUUGCAUGGCGAGAAAGAGGACGCAAAUGACAUUGACAAUUCAGAUGCACGCGUUCACAUCGUCACAAGUUGGUGGGAAUGGCGAAAAUUGAAACGAAGACAGCCUUCCACUUUGAGCAAAAGUGAACGGAUGAGGAUGUUCAAGAUUGAAGAAGAUCUUUGGCGAUUGAGAUGCGAUGUAGAGAGUGACUUAUAUUCUGCAGUGAAAAGACGAUCUGAAGAAGCAAGAUUCGAAGAUUCUGAUCAAAAGUCUAACAUUCCCCCAUCACCAUGGAUCGGACCUUCUCACAAAGCGCCUUUGCAUCAAUUAGCAGAACGACGACAAGCAUUAGAUGCCGUCACAUUAGCAAAUGAAGAAUCAAUCUCCAAAACAGCUGGUGUUUUGGUGCCUGCAGGACGUUCGAUUUGGAUUUAUGAAGGUAGAUUGUACAAAAUCACAAGCCCACUCAGCUUUUUCAGUUUGCCUGAUUUUCAUGCACGAAUGUUCAGUGAACAUUUCCCAUCGGCAUACGAAGAUUGGCUGGAGAGAUUGUAGGCGGGCAGUAUUGUAUAACACAGCUAAAGAAUGUACUAUAGAAAUCUUUGCGAAUACACAAACGCAAAGUAGCCAAUGUACUUCAGUAUUCUAGCAAUAGCAAAUUCCCAAUGAAGAAAAUAAUAUAACAUUACAA